GUCAACCCCACACACCUACGACUCGUUCAUUUGAAAACAACCCAUCACAAUCUCAGAAACUAGAAUCUCUCCUCUCUGUUUUCAGUAACCCAAUCUGAUUCCAGUAUGCAACAAUCAUCUCCAGCGCCACCGCAAACGGCGGCGAGCAACGCCGGGCCACAACCGUCGGCCAGUGAGCCAAUAUUCGAGGCGCCUCCCAAACAGGUGGCUCUCGCCAUGGACAGGCUAUCUCAAGCCGGGCGUCUCAUUGCUGACAUUAGAAUCGGUGCCGAUCGGCUAUUAGAAGCCCUAUUUGUGUCCGCUUCUGAGCAACAUCAGCAAUCAAAUAAACCCUUGCAACUCAUCCUUAAAGAAGAAGCUUCUAUGCGUCAGCAUCUCCAAGACCUCCUCGCUAUCGGUAAGCAGUUAGAGGAUUCUGGUGUUCUCAACGAUUCUCUUCGCUCCAGAAGUAAUUCAUGGGGGCUUCACAUGCCUCUGGUUUGUCCAGAUGGUGCUGUUGUUGCUUAUGCAUGGAAACGUCAACUUGCUGGCCAGGCUGGUGCAUCUGCCGUAGACCGGACUAGGUUGGCUCUCAAAGCAUUCACUGAUCAAAAAAGAAGAUUUUUUCCCCAUCUUGAUGACGAUGAUGGUGCAGAACCUGCGAAAAAGAAAUUUUGUGUGCCACAACCUUCGGAAGAAUUAAGUGACCAGAGAACAUUGUCAGAUGUUCUGAUGCUUCUGGAGAAAGAGGUUCCAAAUGUCAAAACCUCUACUUACCAGAGGUUAGAGUGGUUGAAACGAGCUUCCAUGCUGCCUUCUUGUGAAAGUUCUAUAGAGUCCCCGAAGGAUCAUGGCUUUCACAGUGAUUUAGGACUACCAUCAGUAAGCAAUGUUACUGCAGAUAAAGCUUCUGUUAUCGAGUUGUUGUGUCCAUCCAUCUUCAGAGUUAUAAUAUCAUUACACCCAGCUGGUUCCACCGAUCCUGAUGCUGUAGCUUUCUUCUCUCCUCAUGAGGGUGGCAGUUAUAUGCAUGCAAGAGGGGUUUCAACUCAUCAUGUAUUUAAGCAUAUAACGGUAACAGCUUGAAUAUUCUAUACUUUAUGGUGUUUGUCUCUAUUGUUCCUUUUAUCUGGUGAUGUGGUGGUUGGUAUUGCUUCACCUGUCUGACUGUAAUAUUGUUGAAAUACUGCCAUGCCAUAGGAACAUGCUUCCCUUGCUCUGCAGUAUUUUGUUGGUAGCAACGCAGAAACGGCCCUGUAUACGUUAUUGGUAAUUCUCAUUAAUUUUUGGUUUUCUUUUUCAGAAUCCCGAAUACAUGAUGUUAUUUUUUCCUGAUUUGCACACAGUCGAAAUGUAUUUGAGUGUAUUUCGUUUUGUUUUUUGAAGAAUUGGGUGUGCAGUUAUCAGACUAUCCUCUCAAAAGCUUGCAGGUGAGACUAACAUCUCCUUCCAGUCAUUAAGCUAGAACAACAUUAUCAUUUCUGGUUCUGAAAUUUGGGAGAUGUUUGUGCAGCAAAUGUGGGCGGCUGCUGUUGAUGGACAAACAAUCAGGAUUAUUUUUACCUCCAGUUUGUCGUCCUUACCGAAGUUUUUCCACAGCAAAGUCCUCAUCAAAAAACACCUCUAGUGAGGAUCAAAGUGUCGACACAGUUGAGGUUUUUCACAUAGGCUGCUACACGGAAGAAGCCUAGAUUUAACAUUGAUGUAGACUGUAGAGUUAGUACGCAGAUGUACGUAGGAUGAAGCCAUAUAUGGAGUAGAAGAUGUGAAAGACCUGCUGACUUCCCCAUUCCCACUAAUGGAGGGGAAAAUUUGUAACCAUAUGACGGGUUUAAGGUUUAGGGUUUAUGCCAACAAAGCCUAGAUUCCAUUUGUGUGCUUAUUUUUUAGUAUGUUAGUCAUGGUACAAAUUCAAAAAUACAAUGUGAAUUAUUUUUUUAAACAGAAAGUAAUGAUUACUAAAACUCAAAAAAUAACUGCCUCUCUCCAGGAUAUUCCCUCUUUUUAUGGGGGAACUUUUGUGUUGUCCCUCCCAGUUAUUCUGACCCCUUAUAGUCACUUUUAUUGUAUACUUAUCAAUUGCGUACAUCUAGAAAAUAUAAAGCUAGCAAAAUAUGUAAUGUAAAAUUUUGACAAUAGCAUCUUCUUGGUUUUAUGGAUA